ACACUUAUGAUAAUACGAUUACCAUCAUAAAGAAGAUACGUUCCCAAGCCUUCCUCUUUAGUUCGUUCCUGCAAGCUUGAGGAAGAUGGUCACACACGCCAAAUGACAACGAAUCAAAUUUAACUAUACUCAAUUUCUAUUUUUACCUUUAAUAUCGACAAAAUCAAAGGACCAGAAGAAGAACAUCUCCUUUGGAUGAUUUAUGUCAAGAUUUACACCUGUAUAAAAUGAAGUGGACAUUACGCAGCUUAUAUGAGGCAGUUAGUCGCAGAAAAGUAGUGGAUACUAGUCAGGAGGGUACAUUAGCGAGGGUCUUGUCGACUCUCGAUCUCACAGCUUUAGGAAUUGGCUCUACUCUGGGAGUAGGUGUAUACGUUCUGGCAGGAUCCGUCGCGAAAUGCCAGGCUGGACCUGCCGUGAUCAUUUCAUUCGCUAUCGCUGCAAUAGCAUCGAUGUUCGCUGGUCUUUGUUACGCCGAAUUUGGUGCACGAGUUCCUCGUGCCGGAUCGGCGUAUAUUUACAGCUAUGUGACAAUGGGUGAAUUCGUGGCAUUUCUCAUGGGUUGGACCCUGAUUCUGGAAUAUGUGAUCGGUUCUGCCAGCGUAGUACGCGCUCUCAGCACUUACGUUGACGUACUCUUUAACAACACUAUGAGAAACUCCUUGGAAUCAGUGAUGCCUAUGAAUGUCAGUAGUCUGUCCUCAUAUCCGGAUUUUUUUGCACUUGGCGUCACUCUGAUAUUCUCAGGCGCUCUUGCUUUUGGAGCCAGUGAAUCCUCAAUGGUGAAUAAUAUAUUCACUCUGGUGAAUCUGUCUGUUGUACUUUUCGUCAUAAUUGCCGGUUCUUUGAAAGCUGACUUUAAUAACUGGAAAACGGAACCCGUUUGCUCCGACUGCAGUGACUGUUCUACUUGCUUGGACUGCAAAGAAGGGCAAGGGGGAUUCAUGCCUUACGGUGUAUCAGGCAUUAUAACAGGAGCGGCUACAUGCUUUUAUGGAUUCAUCGGCUUUGAUUGCGUGGCCACCACGGGAGAAGAAGCCAAGAAUCCACAGCGGUCCAUUCCCAUAGCAAUUAUCGUAUCGCUAACAAUCGUCUUUUUCGCGUACUUUGGCGUUUCCGUAGUGCUUACCACCGUGCUACCGUUCUAUGAACAAGAUGCCAGAGCACCGUUUCCGCACAUGUUUAACGUGAUAGGAUGGGAUUGGGCCAAGUGGUUCGUGACAGUCGGAGCGAUUAGCGGACUGUGCGCCAGUCUGCUAGGUUCGAUGUUUCCAUUACCGCGUGUGAUUUACGCCAUGGCCUCAGAUGGACUGAUCUUUAGAUGGAUGGGCAACAUAAACUCGCGAUUUCACACUCCGAUCAUGGGUACGCUUUCUGCUGGGCUACUUACAGGUGUUUUAGCGACAAUAUUUGAACUUCAACCAUUAGUCAACAUGAUGAGUAUCUGCACAUUGCUUACAUACUCGAUUGUUGCAUCUUGUGUUCUUAUCUUACGAUAUGAGGAAAGCGAAGCGUAUGAAAAAAAGGGCGAUCAUAAUCCUCGGUCUUUCGUAUUUAUCGCAAAACAACUGGUAAGAGCAAACAAAUUAAAGCACUCUACGAAACUCACAGCGCAAAUUGUUACCGCACUUGUUUGCUGCUAUGUCGUCUUUUGUAUCUGUACGGCCAUUUUGUUAUCAAUGUAUGUAACAGAAAUCAGCGCAGGAAAAGCAACUGUUAUAGUACCACUCAUAAUUUUAAUCGUUGCACUCAUAACCACUCUCGUUUUCAUUUAUUUUCAACCAAGCUCCGACAAGAAACUCUCAUUCUCGGUACCGCUAGUGCCAGUCUUGCCGGGAUUCAGUAUUCUUAUUAAUAUUUAUCUUAUGUUUACGCUGGAUGAAGAUACAUGGAUAAAGUUCGCUGUAUGGAUGGUAAUUGGCUUGGGAAUAUAUUUCUUGUACGGAAUAUGGCACAGUAAUAUCCGGCAAAAAAAAUCGCUGCCAAAACCACCUGACCAUGGCAAAGAUGAGGAUAAUCUCUUUACACCUAUCAGAUAAUAAAUUAAAACAGACUUUAUAAUAUCUACUGUAUCUUGCUAUAUUUUUAUUUAUUAAUUUGACUUAUUAGAUAAACUUUUCUAAAGUAAUUUCGUAUUUUAUUUAUAAUAUAUUUCUUAGACAUAUUCAUUAUGGUUUAAUAAAAUUGUAAAGCAGAAAAUAUCAUAAACCUAUUUAUUGCUCUUUUCACAUUAGUUUGAGAAUAUCACACCGAUGCAGAAGACAUAAUAAAACUUUUAGUACUUUUG